GCAGGCUCGCAGCAGGCCAGGGAGCUCCAGGACAGCCAGCGAGGAAAAUGAAGCUCCCAAUCUUCAUAGCAGAUGCGUUCACAGCGACAGCUUUCCGGGGCAAUCCUGCUGCAGUCUGCCUGCUGGAGAGCACAUUGGAUGAAGACACUCAUCAGCACAUUGCGAGGGAAAUGAACCUCUCCGAAACCGCUUUCAUCCGAAAACUGCAACCAACUGACGACUUCACACAAGGUUCCCGUUUUGGGCUGAGGUGGUUUACCCCAGAGACUGAGUUCCCCCUGUGUGGCCACGCCACCCUGGCUUCUGCGGCUGUGCUGUUUCACAAAAGAAAGAACACGAACAGCACCCUGACCUUUGUCACUCUGAGCGGGGAACUAAAGGCCAGAAGAGCAGAAGAUGGGAUUGUCCUGGACUUUCCUCUCUACCCAACCUUCGCCCAGGACGUCCAUGAAGUGGAAGACUUGAUAAAGGCAGCCAUAGGUGACACUAUAGUCCAGGACAUCCGGUACUCACCAGAUACCAAAAACCUCCUGGUCCGGCUCAGCGAUUCUUAUGACAGGUCCUUUCUAGAGAGCCUAAAGGUGAACACAGAGCCUCUGCCUGGAAUAGAGAAGACAGGGAAGGUGAGAGGCCUCAUCCUCACCCUCAAAGGAGAGUCUGGGGGGCAGACAGCCCCGUAUGACUUCUACUCCAGAUACUUUGCGCCGUGGGUUGGUGUGGCUGAAGACCCUGUCACAGGGUCCACCCACACUCUUCUUGGCCCCUACUGGUCUGAGGAGCUGGGGAAGAAGAAAAUGCGAGCCUUUCAGUGUUCCCGCCGAGGAGGGGAGCUGGACAUUUCCCUGCGACCUGAUGGGCGAGUUGACAUGAAGGGAGGCGCUGCUAUUGUCUUGGAGGGCACGCUGACCGCUUAGAGAUGCUUAUGCUGGGCUUGCGGCCGGCCGCUGCUCUACACGGUGUCUUCUCUGUAGCAAGAACCCAACCCAACCCAACCAAACAGCAAAUGCACAGAGCUUGUGGUUCAGUCCUCUUGUGAAGAACAGACAAGGGAAGACAUCUGAUGGAGGUGCGGCAGUGUCUCCAGAAUCCUUUCCUGAUGGCGGUCUCUGGCCCCUGCCUGUGUGUGCAUCUUCAGUGCCCACAGCAGACACGGAGGCUGCCCCUUCUUUUGAUUAUGACUGCCAAUCAAAGUGAGAGAUGCAUUGAUAAGCAAUGAGAAGAAGUUUAGGUGUGGGGGGCCUUAUAGAAGAUUUACUCUCUGAGACAGGGUUUCUCUGUGUAGCCCUGGUUGUCCUGGAACUCUGUGGACCAGGCUGCCCUCUAACUCACAGAGAUCUCCCUGCCUCUGCCUCUAGGGUGUUGGAUUAAAGAAAGGCAUGUUCCACUAUUAAAUGAAUGGUUUCUGAUAUAUUUUACAAGUGUGUGUGUAAUUUUAAUUUAAAGACAGAGUCUUACUGUCUAGCCCUGGCUGGGAAGAAACUCUUUAUGUUGACGAGGCUAACCUCCAACUUGACACCUGCCUAACUCUGCCUCUCGAGCGCUAGGUUAAUGGUAUGCACCAUCAUGCCCAGACUCACAGUCUUUUAAUAAACCCAAUAACUCUGUGGAAGUGCAGACCUGAUACCAGGAGAGUAGACUGUUCCAGAGGCUUCACUAUGGGUGUGUGGAAUUGGAUUCACGGGACUGUGAAGGCAGCAAAGGGAGUCAGCUCAUGUGGAAAGAUUCAGAGGAAGCUUAGUGUUUAGGAAACAAAUCCUUUGUCUUUUGAACUCAUGUAGACGCAACAAUCAGGACAACCCCAGGAAAUCACAACAGUAUGUGUGUUAUUUGGUGAUGUGAUGAUAAAAACACACACUAAGAGUGUACGGGCCGAAAUCUUUCCCUCCUCUGUGGCUUAGAAUGGCAAUGCCCGAGUCUUCUCUUGUCAAAUAAAGUGUGAUUUAACUGAACUUUGAA